GAGAAAAAAUAUUUCUUUAUCAUUAAUACUUUAUGAGAGGAAUAGUUCUAAUAACACUAUUUACACUGAUUUUGAAUUUUCGAAUGCCACAAUAUGACACUGGAAAUAUAGUGAUUGUUACUUCAUACACUGGCCAUAUUUUGGAAGCACAAUCAGCAGUCCCAAGAUAAAUAGUGCACGAUAUACAAUUCUCCAUAGUAUUUGAGAUUGCUCCUUAAAUUUUUAUUCAAUCAUCGUUACUUGAUUGGUCUAUAGGAACACCAAAUGGAUAUAUUGAAAGAGCGAGUUUUAUCACUACGAAGGGUAAUUAUUAAUAAAAAUUUCAAAAGGUUUUAAAAUUCAUGGAAUAGCUGUAACUCCAUCACCUGUUUAUUCCUUAUAUGUUUAUUGGCUGGCUGUUAAUGAUGAUAGAAUUUAAGUUAUAACAUUCGACACAUGGGAUGUCAAAGAAUUAAAAACUGGAACAGGCUAAAGGGAAGUUCCAUUCGAAUUAGUGCAUACACUAAAAGAUGCAACCCAGGGUAUAAUCUCAGUAACUGGCAUUAAACAUUUAGCAUAUAAUCCAAUAGUUGAACUCAGCGUAAAAUAUAUUUAUUUUUGACUUUUAGAUUGAUAUAAUAACUUCUGAAUCUGUUAAAGUUUCUGCAAAAUCUUAUUCACUAUCAUAAUUAGAAUAUCUAAGAUUCAAUAUUCUUCUAGGUACUGAUCAAUCAUUAUGGACAACCUCUAAGUUGUCUUUAAUUAAUGGUCCAACCCAUCCAUUUGUUUCAAGAUCACCCUCAGCAUAUCAUCUCUAUAUGAAAUUUGACCUUCCAAAUCUGUAUUACAACUAUGAAUAAAUUCCUCUUGUAGCAUUUAGAGGUUAUGAUUGUGACAAUAGAGUCAAUCUUAGGUUACUUUAUAAGGAUGUCGCAAUAAAUACUUAACUUUAAUUUACACUUGCAACAUGUAAAAAAUUAAAUUACACCCUAGGGUCGGAUAGUGUGGUCUAUAGUGUUUUCUAUUAGGCAGGUAUUUAUUUAUUUGAUUCCAAUCAUAAAAUUUUUGAUGAAAAUUGUGCAGAGCUCUUCUCUGAAUGUAAUUUCUAAGGUUUCUCUUUGAAAGUUUGUAACAAAAUAUCUAAUUUACUGAAUAAAGGUUGGUCGCAACUUGUAAAGUCUGUAACUGUCCCAAAAUAAAAAAAACUACUUCUUUUUCAAUAUACAAAUUUUGAAGGUGAGCAAAGUGCUAUAAUUUAAAAUCAGAAAUGUAUGGAAGCUAAUGUGUAAUCAGUUAACUUUAAUCCUACCGUGUCCUUCAUAAAAAUCCUUUUUUUGAAUUCUAAUGGUGGCGUAGGUGUUGCAUUCUACAGUGAAUGUUAUUAUCAAGGAGCAUCAUUUUCAAUAAUCAAAGGACAACAAGCAAAAUUAUCAAGUAAAAUUCCUUUUGAAAUUAAAUCUAUUGAUAUCCCUGCUAAUGUUAUUGUAAAAUUAAAGGACGCUUAUUUUUUUGGAGCAGAAGUAAAAGAAUUUAGUUCUUCUUAAAAUUGCAUCAACACUUACAAGGUACAAAUUAGUUUAAUUUAAUAAGUUUCCUAAAUAUAUAUAUCCAAAUUGA